UGUCACAUGACAGGUGCGGUUCUCCAGGGAUGGCGGCGUUACUACUGAUCCUGGCUGUGCUUGGUGUCCCGGGGAUCCAGGCUCAGUAUAAUCUCAGUGAUGAGGGCGGACUCGGCAGGGAGUUUGAUGGAAUCGGAGCUGUGAGCGGAGGCGGAGCCACCUCUCGUCUUCUUGUAAAUUACCCUGAACCGUAUAGAUCCCAAAUACUAGACUAUUUAUUUAAGCCAAAUUUUGGUGCUUCUUUGCACAUAUUUAAAGUAGAAAUUGGAGGCGAUGCACAAACAACAGAUGGUACAGAACCCUCUCACAUGCACUAUCCUGAUGACCAAAAUUACUUCAGAGGGUACGAGUGGUGGCUAAUGAAGGAGGCCAAGAAGAGGAAUCCAAAUAUUACCCUAAUAGGGUUGCCGUGGGCAUAUCCUGGCUGGAUUGGUAAUGGCAAAAACUGGCCUUAUGAUAACCCUGACGUAACCGCUUAUUACGUUGUUUCCUGGAUCAUAGGCGCAAAGCAGUAUCACGACUUGGAUAUUGACUACAUUGGGAUCUGGAACGAGCGAGCGUUUGACACCAAAUAUAUAAAGCUAUUACGCUACACGUUGGACAAAUACGGUUUGGAAGGCGUGGGGAUCAUUGCCAGUGAUAACCUCUGGGAGCCCAUCUCUUAUUGGAUGCUGCAUGACUCUGAGCUUCUCAGAGUGGUCGAUGUCAUAGGGGCUCACUAUCCUGGAACCCUUACAGUCAAGUCUGCAAUUGACACAGGGAAGAAACUCUGGGCUUCUGAAGAUUACAGCACUUACAAUGACGAGGUUGGAGGAGGCUGCUGGGCUCGGAUCCUCAAUCAAAAUUACGUUAAUGGCAACAUGACAUCGACCAUCUCAUGGAAUCUUAUUGCCAGUUACUAUGAACAGUUACCCUUUGGCCUGGAAGGUUUAAUGACGGCGAAGGAACCUUGGACUGGAAACUACAUUGUGUCCCCUCCCAUCUGGGUCACUGCUCACACUACCCAAUUCACGCAACCAGGCUGGUACUACCUGCAGACAGUUGGGCAUUUAGGCAAAGGUGGAAGCUAUGUGGCGCUGACCGACAGACGAGGAAACCUCACGCUUAUCAUUGAGACUAUGGCUCAUAACAACUCUAUCUGUAUCCGCCCCCCGCUGCCGCCAUUUAAUGUCUCUCCACAGAAUGCAACAUUCUACCUCGAAGGAUCAUUUCACAACCUGAAAACGCUACAGGUCUGGUAUUCCAAGUUAGAAGUGAAUGCAACCAAGCCAGUUUUAUUUAAACAGCUUUCUCCUUUAAAGGUUUCUAAUGGUGCCUUCACUCUGGAACUUGGUAUUAAUGAAGUUUACACUGUAACAACCCUCUUAACUGGACAAAAAGGAACAUACCCACAGCCCCCUAAGUCCCAACCUUUCCCGCUAAAAUACAAGGAUGACUUCAAUGUCCGUAAUCCACCAUUCAGUGAGGCACCUUACUUUGCUGACCAGUCUGGUGUCUUUGAAUAUUUCACAAACACUUCAGACCCCGGAGAUCAUGUGUUCACUUUUCGACAGGUGCUUACUCAGCGUCCAAUCACGUGGGUAACAGACGCUGACCAAUCAAUCAGCGUGAUUGGAGACUUCAUGUGGUCCAAUGUUACAGUAACCUGCGACAUCUACAUAGAGACACCAGAGACUGGAGGUGUGUUUGUUGCAGCGAGAGUCGAUCAAGGAGGUUCGCCCACCCGUCUUGCCAAGGGGAUCUUUUUCUGGGUGUUUGCAGAUGGAACGUAUAAAGUCACAGGAGAUUUGUGUGGGCAAAUCGUGCUACGUAAGGGUCUGUCAGGAGUUCGUGCAAGGAGAUGGCACACGCUUACACUGAAAGUUGAUGGUUUCUAUGCUUCCGGGUUACUGAAUGGAAAUUUGUUGUGGAAAGACGUCAUCACCAUUGGACCCAUGCAUGGCUGGGCUGCCAUAGGAACGAGCUCCUUUGAAUUUGCCCAGUUUGACAACUUUAUGAUUGAAGCCCAAUAACUAAAAACAAGACACUGAGUGCUAUGUUUUGCUCUCAGUAUGGACAUUCCGGUCAAUGUGAACAGAUCUAACAUGCCAAUGACUAGCUCAGGCCUUUGGCAGCAUUAACAGAAGAGCACGCCUCGUGAUAACAGUAGGAACACUGAAAUCGUCACUUUUCAAACAUCAAGAAACUGAAUCCCAGUCAUCUGUGAUUUGCAUCAUUUAUUUUUAAAGGACAACUGUCACCUCAAAAUGAUUUUUAACAUAUUAAUCUUUUCAUCAAGUGUUGAAAGGAAAUAGGAUUCUUUAACGUAUACUUCAAUUAAAAAAAAAUACUGUCAUUUUAAAGUUAGGAGUUUUGGUUUAGUUUUUUUUCUCAGCCAUAUGUAUUCACUUUUGUUGGGACAGUUUUACAAUACGACCGUUCAUCUCUGUAAUCUUCCCAGCUUCAAUCCCUGCACAGAACAGGGGCAUCAUCAGUCAUUGCUCUGUGCAGUCUAUGCUUUUCGGGCAUUUGCAAGUCUUCCCCUCCUAGUAAAGACAGAGGCAUAGUAAGUAUGUUCCCACAUAUCUUUUUGUACUUUGAAGCUGAUCUUUUUCAGACAUUCCACUUUCAGAACUCCCCAGCAUUUAUCACCUUCUGCAUAACUUACAACUUGAAGCAAAACUCCUAUUCAAUUGUCUAAUGAAGUGGAUUUUGCAGAAAUAGCUGAUAUUAUUUCCCUAGAGAGUAAGAACACCAUGCAGUUUGGAUUUCAUAAGAAUUUAUAUCUGUAUAUACUUGAUGAGAGGAUUAUUAUAUUAAAAAAAUAGUUUUGAGGUGACCAUUGUCCUCUGAAUGUCAAUCGGCUGUAGUUCAUACUUUUUUUUUUUUCUUUCUUGGAGGUGGUGGCUUGUAUAGGAACACUCCAAGCAUCAUAAGCUCUACAGCCUGCUGUAGUGGUUAUGGUGCCUGGAGUGUCCUGGUACUCUGCCAGUGUAAGUAGCAAACUGUUUAAGAAUGAUUUCACAACUUACCUUCGAGUCUUCUGCCAGGUGGUGAAGUGAAGCUAAUAGAACUUCCUUGCUGGACCUUCCAGCACCACAGGUGACCGGGACCAGCAGACCCAGAUUAGGUUGUGAAGCCGUUCUUAACCGGUUUGACUACGUAAACUGGUACGGCGUCACAGCACUCCUGGCACCAUAGCCACUGCAGCAGACUGUAAUGGCUAUGGUGUCUGGAGUGUUCCUUUAAGUUCUCACCUAACUUGAAUUCUUAUACAUAUGUAUGUAUCCAUUGAAAACACAAUAUCCUCUUAUUCUAUGCAAGGUUGGCACAGAAGCUUUUUCAGAUUUAUCCUGAUCUAUGAUUUUUUUUCUCUCUUAGAUGUAAUUUACUUUGCUGGCUAGGACCUGAUCUGAGAACGUGAAAGCCUUGUUGUGUAGCAGUGAGAUAUCUAUCCUACAUCCCUGUUUGUCUCAUUGCUCUCUACAGGGCAUCCAUUUAGAAUUGGUACCUCAGUCACAGCAGAUACAGGGAGUUUUGACAUUUUUUGUGUGUUUGUUAACUGUUCAUUUUCUUUCUUAUUUAUAGCUUUUUAAUCUCAAAUACCUGAAAACUCUUAGGGUAUUAUUUAUAAGAAAAUGAAGGAUCCUAUUCUGUAAUGGAAGUUAUUCCAAGUUACAUUUUAGGGAGAGCUCCUACAUUCAUAUAUCAUUUUGAUUUGUGUUACUCUGUGUUGGUUCUUAGAUGUUAUUCACAGUCACAUGGCACUGUAAACUAUUUAAAGGCACACUAUGGAUAACGUAUAAUCUUUACCUCAAUGAAGUUGCUUUGGUGACAGGAGAUAUUGGGUGCUGUCUUACCUUAACGGUAAAACCCCUUUGUAGUGAAGAUCGCACCCAUCCACUCUGCCCUUCUAUUUCCGGUGAUGGGCUGAGGCUUCAAUGAGGAAGUCUCUGAGUGUGUGCCGCUGAGAGAAUCGGUUAAUGCUCUCAGCAGCUAAAUAGCUCCGCAUUCACAAAGCUGUAUAUCACAGGAACUCCUGCUACCAUAACUUAAUUUUGAUGUAGGGCUUCCAUGUCUUUGAUGUGGAAUAGUCCCCAAAUAGGUUCUAAAGCUCAGAGUGAAAAUGUAGAUUUCUGUUCCUUUAAUACAUCUCCUGGCCUGCAUAGGGAUCAUACAAAAUAUUUGCCAAUAACAGUAGCAGAGAUUGAUUAUAUGAAGAUUUAUUUGAAAA